AUAGAAAGCAUUCGUCACUGCAAUUGUCGUCUAAGAAAAAUGAAAACAUUCACAGAAAAGAAAUUUUAGAAAAUACACAUACAAAUAACAUUAAAUUUGGUGCAUUGAAGGCUCAAAAUGGAAGCGAAACCUGCCAAAGGCACAUUUCCGUCCGCAGCUAGCUUCAGCUCGACGUCCACUGACAAAAUGAAUUACGCAUUGCAAGUGGCGUUGCAGACAAUGAAAGAACGGUGCAUACAGUUGCAGCGUCGUGUUUCCAGCAUGGAGGAGGAAAAUCAACGACUGCGUGAAGGCAACGUUGGCACUGCGGCAGCCAAUGGCAGCAACACUGAAUGCAUUGGCGACGUUGGGUCACUUCGUUCACAGGUGGAUGACCUGCAACGCCAGAAAGAGCAGCUUGAGGAUCAAAUUAGCAUGGUAUCCAAUGAGAACCGCAGAUUGUGGUCACGCCUGUCAAAGAUAUCAAAAGACCAGACACAAUUGCCAAAAGAGGACGAAGCUGCAAUUUCGUCGCAUAUUCGAGGCGCCGUUAAUGCCUCAAUUGGUGCCAAUGCAAAUUUAAUUCGUUCCAAAACGUUUACCCAGCACUCGCCAAAUCCUCACUUGCGCCAGAAGAUGAUUUCAGAUGGAAGCCUUGAAGAUAUUGCGUUGGACGAAUUUGAUGCAAGCGAGGAGCUUGGCUAUCCAUACGGCCUGCAUGUUGAGGACACUAGUGCCGUCAAUGAUCUAGACACCAAUCUUGAUGCGAAGCAUUGCAUGGAAGGAUUACAGGACUUACGUCGUGAGGCCAUGAAACAGCAGCAAGCGCUUAACACUGCUCUCAUUCAGCUGGAGACUCGUUUUGCGCUCCAACCCUGUCCUGACUGUGUGAAAAAGGCUGCCAACAAACCGGAAAUGGCUGAUAAGAGCUUGGAGACGGAGGAUAGACUAAGCAAUGAGCUCAAACGAUAUCACAGCGAGCAUACGACAAAUCAAACGCACGACACUUUUAAUGGACACACAACAAUACCGAUCGUGCCACCGCCUCGACUUAAUAUAAUACAAGAAAAACUUAAGGCUGAUGCCAUAGACAAGACUUGCCCCAUGUGCGGCAAAUUGUACUCUAGCCAAGUGUCGUUUAAGGCAUUCCAGGAACAUGUGGAAAUGCACUUCAUUGACGAAACACUAGAUGCGGAUGGCAGCAUGGAUCGCCAGUUUGAGUUUAUUUCGCAUGCAGUCGGAGAUUUCUGACCCAACACACAGAUCUACUUUGCCACGGAACUCUAGGCAGAUUUACCCAUUAUUAAACAGCUAGAAUUUAGAGCAUAUGAACAGUUCGCCCUAAACUGUGAUUAUUUUUAAUGGCGUUGAUAUAGAAUUAGAAUGCAAAUAUAUCACAAAAAUAAUUUAAA